AUGAAAUCUCCGGCCAACAAAGCUGCCCCUGCUCAGCACCCGAGCAGCAAGGAGGGUACCUCUUCCUCGAAUCAAAGCCCCGAGUCUGCCCUCAGCGAAGACCAAGAAGGCAAUCGAGAGGGCUCUCAAGUUCACCAGCAAAGUCCUGGUCAACACGACACUUCUCCUCGUGAGAAUGUCAAUGACGUAGUACCUCUACCCAUCAAUGUCCCCCAGCACCAACAGCAGAGUUCUAGCCAACAUGGAAACCACUCCCUCCAAGCUUGCACCAACCCACCCGUCAACCCCCCUUCACAUGAUCAUCACAAUUCUAGUUUCGACGACAUUCAUGCCGAUGAGCUUUUCGACGACAUGCCCAGUCACUUUGAUCAUGUCCUAGAACAUGACCUCUUGAUCGGCGACGGCUCCUUUGAAGACAACGAUUCCCAUGUCAACGUCUAUGCAUCAGCACAGGUCCAGAACUAUCAGCAGGGCGAGCAGAACGUUCCGGUCGUCAGCCCACCCGCUCACCAGUCCAUGAUGAACAAUCAUGGUGGUCCUCACCAAGAGCCACCUCACCCCCUUAGCGCCCAUCAUCUGCAAGAGCCGGCUAUUCCACAACUUUAUGCUGUUCCCAAUGGUCACGCUUACGGAGCUCAGCAUCUCUCCGUGGAUCAACAGAUCCAUAACCAGGUCCAGGUCCCUGUGCAGCAUCAGUUUUCUGUCCAGCACCAAGUUAUCAUCCAACAACAAACCCAAAUGCAACAUCAAGCCCACAUCCAACAACAGGCCUUAAUGCAGUACCUGGCCACCGUAGCAUACCGGUACAGAGAAUACCUAGAAGUGGAAGGAUUCUAG